UUCUCCCGGGAUGCAGAUCGAGGACGUGUUUGGGCUGAACGGGCAGGUGGAACACAAGCUGGCCUUCCUGAGGGAGCACGUGCCCCGAGACGCCAAGCUGGUGCUGAUUGGUCACUCCAUCGGCUGUUACAUCAUAAUAGAGAUGAUGAAACGAGAUCCGGAGCUACAGGUGCUGAAGUCCGUGCUGCUCUUUCCCACCAUCGAGCGCAUGGCGGUGACCCCGCAGGGGCGGGUCAUGACCCCGGUGCUGCGCCGGCUGCGCUACGUGGCCUACCUGCCCGUCUUCCUGCUCUCCCUCCUGCCCCAGAGCCUGCAGGCCACCGUGGUGAAGGUGGCCCUGAGGGCCGUGCGCUGCCUCGACCUGUCCGUCAUCCCCGCCGCCCUCAGCCUCUUCAACGUGGACUGCGCAGCCAAUGCGAUGUACAUGGGGAGCCAGGAGAUGGUGCAGGUCCUGGGCAGAGAUGAUUCCACCAUCAGACAAAACCUGGACAAGCUGAUAUUUUACUACGGGGCGACGGAUUCGUGGUGCCCGGUGCAGUACUACCAGGACAUCCGGGCGGACUUCCCCCGGGGGAACAUCCGGCUGUGCGGCAAGGGCUACCGCCACGCUUUCGUCCUGGACGCGGGCGGAGAGGUGGCCGCCAUGGUUACCGAGUGGGUCCGCCACGACGUGGAGAACUCGUAGAGCUCCGCCCAUCGCCCCGCCCAUCGUCCCGCCCCUCUCACCCCACCGCUGCCCGGAGAGAUAAAGGC